AAAAAGAUGAAAGAUUUUUGAUUUUGAUAUUGGAAUUUCCAAUUUGCAUAAUUUAACUUUGUUUUUAGGCCAUGGACGACGAAAUUUAUGAAAUAUCUUCUGAAUUAUAUGAGGAAUACGACUAUUCGUCCAAUUCUAAACCCAUUGUGAAUUCAAAAAAUGUAGUUAGCAAAUUUUUAUUCAAACUACCCAAUUACAGCAUUGAAGAUAAAGAGGGGGAUAUGCUGGUGCCUAGGAAAAAAUCGGACAAUGAAUUUAUUGAAUUAGGUAGGUAUAAAGACAUACCGCAUUUAUGCUUAGAUAAAAUCGUAAAUAUUUCAGAACAUAGUUACUGCACAACUCUAAACAUGGUAGGUCUACAAAUAUGGCGUGGAGCUCUGUUACUAGCUGACUGGCUGCUCCAUAAUGGUAAGGCAUUUACAAAAGACGAAUACAUUCUAGAAUUAGGCACUGGAGUAGGCCUUACUUCGAUUGUGGCUUCAAUGUUUAGUCCUGUUAUUUGUACUGAUAUUGAUAGGGGUGAUAUUUUCAAAAUAAUACGAGCAAAUGUUGAUAGAAAUAAGCACUUUUCUAAGUAUCCUGUUGAUGUAUUGGAGUUAGAUUUUAUGAGCCAAAAUUUGUCUGAGAGGAUUGUUUCUUUGUUGCCUAAAAUAAAUACUGUGAUAGCAGCUGACGUUGUUUAUGAUGAUAGUCUAACUGAAGCCUUUGUGAAAACCGUCCAAAAACUCUUAGACAUUCCACCUAAACGUAGCAUUUUGAUAGCUUUAGAAAAACGUUACGUUUUCACCAUCAGUGACUGUGAUACUUGUGCUCCAUGCUACGAUUACUUUUUGGAAAAACUAAAAAUUUUAAAAAACGUUUCAAUCGAAGAAAUCACUACAGAUUUUCCACAGUAUUUCAAAUACGAUCGGUGCAAGGAGCUAGUAUUGUGGAAAAUAACUUCAAAGCUUUAA